AUGUUUGCAACUGCGACCACCAAAAUGACAUCAAAAACCCUUUCCCCAACCGGCACCGACGCCGGCGCCCCGACUUACGCAACCGAUAACGAAGGAAACAUCUCCGACCAGUCCACCGCAACUGGCAUCCCUUCGCCCUCGCGCGCCUCCUCCGAGAAGUCUUCUCCGUUAGCAGCUCCUCCUACCACCACCAUCACCAACGCCGCGCCCCAUGCUGAGAAGCAACCAACCGGUCCACCCACAGGCGGUCCUCCGGCUGGUGCCCCCGGCGGCGCAUGGAACGCCAGCCCGCCGCCACCCAACGGCGGCCUCGCCGCCUGGCUCCAAGUCGCCUCCGCCUUCUUCAUCUUCUUCAAUACCUGGGGUCUGCUCAACACCUUCGGUAUUUUCCAGACUUACUAUGAGUCUCCUUCCUCCAUCUUUCAGCCGCCUGGCUCCGUUUCUUCGUCAAACAUCAGCUGGAUAGGCAGCAUUCAGUCCUUUAUGGUCUUGCUUGGUGGACUUAUCUCCGGACCACUGUACGAUAGGGGCUACCUGAAACAUCUCAUUGUUGUGGGAGCGUUUGGAGUUGUCUUUGGUCACAUGAUGCUUAGCUUGACGAAGGAGUACUACCAGGCGUUGCUGGCGCAAGGGUUCGUCGUGGGAUUGGGGGCGGGCAUGAUGUUUACUCCCGGUGUUGCGGUGUUGCAGUCGUAUUUCAGUACCAAGAUCGGACUUGCUACCGGCUUGGCUGCAGCUGGUAGCUCUUUCGGCGGUGUGGUGUACCCAAUUGUCUUCUACCGCCUUAUCGACCGGAUCGGGUACGGCUGGUCAGUCCGCGUAAUCGGGUUCAUUGCUUUGGGAACACUAGCUGUGCCCGUGGUUUUCCUCAAGCAGAGAGUUAAACCCGGCAAAGUCAGGGCGUUUGUGGAUGUCACUGCUUUCACGGAUGGACCGUACAUGUUGUUCACCCUGGGCUGCUUUGUGGGCUUUAUUGGGUUGUAUACGAUGCUUUUCUACCUCAGCUUCUUCGGGCUGGAUACUGGCGCGACGAAUCCGGCUAUGGCGUUUUAUAUCGUUCCCAUUCUCAACGCGGCGAGCAUGUUUGGACGCACGCUACCGAAUUGGUUGUCGGAUAAGGCCGGGCCCUUCAAUAUUUUGAUUCCGGGAGCGUUGGUGUGUGGAGCGUUGACGUUGGCUAUGAUGGGGGUUAAGGGUCUUGGGGCUAUCGUUGUCGUCGCCAUCCUCUUUGGCUUCUUCUCCGGCGUCUUCAUCGCCCUUCCGACCGUCUGCUACAUCGUUCUCACGAAGGACAAGUCUCGCCUCGGCAGCAGGAUCGGCAUGGGGUAUGCGUUCCUCGGUCUUGCAACGCUCAUUGGCGGUCCCGGCGGCGGUGCGAUUCUGCAACAGACUGGUCAUGGCGGACAUAACUGGACGGGCAUGUGGACGUUUGGUGGCAUAAUGCUUUUGGUCUCUGGUGUUUUGUUUAUCGUCUUGAGGGGUUGGAAGUUUGGGGUCAAGUUGACGACCAAGGCAUAG